AUGCCAAAGGAAUACCAUCAAGUAAAGGAAAAAAUGAAAGACAUUGCAGAGCAAUUGGGCAGUCGGACGAGGCCUUUCUGGACUGAGUCCGAGAAUGGGCCGUGCUACAUUUGGCCAGGAAAUCCCAAUUGGGUCCUCAAGAAGCUCUACAGUCUCGCCGAUAUGAGUCGCGGAGCUCUUUGGGGCACGUUUACUGUUUCUUCAGAUCAUCGGUUUGGCGCAAUCACAGACGACCAGUCCCGUAUUACUCUUGUGGACCUCCACCGCGGCGUUGCGUUACGAUUUUGGAAGGGCUACAAAGAGGCACAAACUUGCUUUGUCGACGUCACUGAGCGCUUUCCACCUCCUGGUCGUCAACCAAGAACUGCUAAAUUCAUGCUUAUCUAUUUACCUUGUUCGAACAAUCUUGAAGUCUGGUCACUGGUUCAUGGGCCUCUCUUAAAGUGCUGGUCGAUUAACGGAUCCUUGCGUUUUAUUCUUCCACACAUGAGUAAUCUUAAACGGACCCUGAAACGUUUCAAUGCUCUCUGUGCUGUGGAGAAUGAACAUCUGGUUGGGAUUCGUUUAAGCCUGGACUUAUGGUUUCCACACACAUCCGAGGCUAGAGAUUUUGAGACAUUUUCUCGGCUUCGGGGAUGGAUUCGCUCAAGAACUUUUAAAGCCUCCCUGAAGUCUAGUGGGUUAUCAAUUGGUAUAAUUCUCCUCUAUUUAGACUUUACAACCUGUAUUGCCAAGCUGGAAGGUCUUCUUGCAAAUUUCAUCUUAUCGGAUUGGUUUAUCAAGGCUGUGUGGGUCCUCCUCUGCACAGAAAUGAUUGAUCUAAGCACUUGGAUUACGGAGAAACUUAUGGAACUAGGAGAUUCAUUCUCUUUGAAAGAAACUAAACGACACGCAUUUCUGCAAUAUUUGAAGAAAAUUUGCGAUCUCAUCAAUUUCUACCACAGCUUUUCAAGGAUGCACAAAGCACAGACGCAGAAUGAGUGCGAGCAUUCUAAUGAAUCGAAACAUAAACUUGUUGAGUCGGUGGCUCAGUUCUUUCCUGAAUGUGGGAAGGUGAUGGGGCCGUUUGACUUCCUCCAACCGUGGGCGUUUUUUCGUGCCGCAGCAUUUUCCAAUCUCUUUUGGAUGCUUCCUGAUAGACGUCGCCAGGACAAAACUGCAGCUUAUGAAAUGCUCUUAGUAGCUUUUUCAUGA